AAUGGCGGCGGUGGAUAUAACAAGUGCAAGCACGAAAUCUGACCGUCGUUUUCCUCACGCUUCAUUUCAGUCUGCACGCUCACGUCCAUCCACUGGCAGAACUGCACUGAUCUAUCCUGACUGGGUGGUCUCAUUCCCUUCUUUCCCUCUUUGCUCUAUUUAGUGUAGGCUUUCGCUGGAUUUUCUCCUACUGACAGUACUGUAGUGUAUCUUGUCUUUGGUGAGGUGGUGUGCCAGAAGUAGACGCAGCUCUGCACUGCUCUUCAUUCGUUUCUCGUGGACAGUCGCUCGUAUAUCGAGCUGCAGUUUGUGUGGCUGGGGAAAUACUUUUCCGACUCCGAACUGUACGUGGUGCAGUGCAAGAGGUCAGUCAGUUGCCUCGAGCCCUCUCGGGCCUGCCGAGGUUCGCAAGGUGCAGAGGGGAAGGAUGUCGUAUGUGAAACGAAUGGCAGAGCCAUUAUUCAAGAAAAUUCAGGAGACACAUGACGGUCUAAAGCAAAAGGGGAAGACGCUGACAUGGAACAGCUUUCUCAGUACUGUCCAUGUUGCAGUAGAAGACUACGCGCGGAGAAAAAAAGCGGAAGGUUCAGAAAUGUUCCGGUUCUAUAAGGAGGCGUUCAGCUGUUUACCCAUCAAGCUGGUGUUUUACGCCGCAAUUCCGUUUGUUCUGUACAUCCUGUUCUUCCGCUACUAUGCAUUCUUCCGCGAGUUCACCGGCAUAGCGAGUGUGUCGCGACCCAACAUCAACGUUCUGCCCUGGCUGGAGGAGAUGGUGUUCCAGUGUCUGCCGCAUCGUAUUCUGGCUAAGUUUGCACACCCGCUACUGGACUUCAUUGCUGCCAUACCAUACCUAGUUCACUUCCCGCUGCCGGUGCUCUUUGGCCUUUAUUUACUAUCCGACAAGCGACGGCGGCCGCUAAUAUUCCGCUUCUUCUGGUGCGCCGGAUGGGUAAACCUGUCAGCACUCUGCAUUCAGUUCAUCUUUCCCACAGCACCGCCAUGGUUCGCCGAUUCCGCGGUAUUUGACGACGACGACGGCAAGCUAAUCAGCGUGUCGCCAAAUGAGGGCGGCUUCCAGCGGCUGGAUGCUCGCCUGGGCAUCAGCGUAUUCCAUAGUAUUUAUAGCAAGUCUCCUGUGACGUUUGGUGCCAUGCCAUCGCUACACGUGGCCUGGCCCAUGAUCAUCCUAAUGAGCCGGCCGUGGGUGAAUAAGAAAUUUGCUGCGUUUCACGUCUGCUGGAUCACGUGGGCGGCGCUCUACUCCAAUCAUCAUUACGGCGUUGAUGCUAUGGCUGGCAUUAUGCUCGUUGUCCUGGUGUUCUUCAUGGAGAAGCGUGUCUGGAGUCCGUUCCGCAGUGAGGUGGAUGAGUACGCGCCGCGCCACACUGUGUAUCGGACGCCCACGCGCAGCUUGAGCGAGAGCAGCGCGGGUCGCUAUCACCAGCACCGCCGCACGUACAGCCAGUCAAUUCUCGCUGUGUGAGUAAGGAUGGUGGGUCCACAUUGUUUCCCAUAUACUGCUCGUGCAGUUUGAGCUAAUUUCAAGAGAAAAUCACUGGUGAGAAAACCAGUGUACAUACUUUGAACAUGCAGAGAGAUGGUGAUGAUUAUGAUUCUGUUUUUGUUGUUGACGGGACUUGUUGUUGUCAGUUGCUCCGCUACUGUAGAGCAGCAGCAGCAGCCAUAUUGUAAUAUCUUAUUAUAUUAUUAUUGCGUCACCUGUACGGACAAUCUCUUGUUGCUUGUCUGUACAUGUUUAGGACGUCUUGAAAUUCAAAUGUUGAAGUAGUAUGUGAAAUUCCCUUAGAACAGUUGUUCACUUUUAAGCUCUACUUUUUUUAAUUGCCAGCAGCGCUGGGCCAUUCCAACCCAAUGACUUGAUGCAGCAAACUUCUGUGAUAUGGGCUCUACAUACUCUCUCAUCACACUACAAGAUUGAUUAUUGGCUGCUUGAAAUCGAGUUCAAGUAGAAUCUUCUACAACAUGUUUCGUGUGUCA